CUCAGCUAAGAGGGGAGGUGAAGGAAGGGCAGAUGAGUAAAGAAGAGAGGGCUCAAAGGGAGAGGAAGAAGAAAGGAUGGAGGGAUUAUAUGAUCAGGAUGCUGCAAGAUGAUGACCUGCCUGUGAACUCCACUUGGGACGUCAAAUUUGAGAGGAUGCUCCUCUCAGAGUUGAUGGUGAGCACCAAACACUCCACAAACUUGCAGAAAAUGAUGGGGCUGCAUGAGAUGCUGGAUGAAAAGUGCCCCAGACUUUUUGAAGAGUAUGCUGAGGUUGCCAGGAAGUUGGGGAAGAUGGAAGGAGGAGAUGGAAUGAGGGAGAUUGGAGAAGACCUAGAUACAGUAGGAAAAGGGUUUCAGGCUGAGCUCAAGGAAAGCACUGAGCUCUUCACCCAAGGGUUCUUUGACUAUAUUCCAGGGCUCUUGAAGGAAAUGAGCAGACUAAGAAAGAAGGAGGAGGAAAAGGAUGUCCAGGUGACCAAGUUAACAGAGGAUUUGGAGGGGAUAAGGAAGGAAGUGGAGGAAUUGAAAAAGAGGAAGGAAGAGCUGCAAAAACAAGUAAGUACUUUGGAGAUUUUCCUGACCCAGAAAAGCAAGGAAUUGGAGGAUAAAGUGGCUGAGAGGGAGAAGGUGGAGAAGAAGGUGGAAGGUUUGUGCUCUGAGGUCAGCGUGCAGGGGCUGGACCUGGAUGAUGAGAUCAUGAAAGAGUAAAGAUGAGUCAGGUAAAAAUCCCGACAAUAAUAAUGAAAAGUGAGGUGACGA